CAACAAAACAACUAACGAAGAAGAAACCUGCAGAGUGGCACGCGUGUGUGUAGAAAAUGGGCAAAAGAAGGCAAAAAAGCCAGAAUGCGAGCAAUUUAACUAAAAAACAGAAGAAACACCUAAAAGAAUUUGGGGAACAGCAUCCGUUUGAUGAUGAUGUGACUGAAAGGGCUGAGAAAACACAGAUUGUCCGCUUGGCCAACAGUCCGGAAAACUCCGGUUGCGAGAGUGACGAAGAGCAGGAGGAGGAAAAACCGACUGCGUAUGAAAAGCUGCUGUUGAGUAUAAACACCACCGCAUCUGCUGAUGAGGAGGAGGAGGAAAGUGAGGAAGAUGAGGAGGAGGAUGUACAAGAGCUGGUCCACCAUGAUGAAGAUGAUGGAGACACAGAGCAGAGUGGAGAUGAUGGAGAUGCAGAUGGUGGUGAUGCUGAUGAAACUGCUGCAGGCUUCUCUGAGGAAGAGGAAGCUGAAGAAGAUGGGAAGCAGAAGGAGCAGGGUGAAGAGUUCACCGAUAGAACAGGUGAAGCACGGUUCAGUUUGGAGUCGAACCUGCCGGUGGACGGAGAGCAGCAGAAAACCGACAUGUCACAAGAAGACAUGUUUGUAGUGCAUCAGGACAUCGAGCUGAGUGAAGAUGAAGUGACCAAAUGCUCAAACGGUUCCAGAAUCAGGAAUCAGGUUAAGUGGUCCAGACUCGGCGUUCUGCACUGCUCACGCCCCCUGGAGAGGUUUCCCGCCGUGGCCCAGUCCUCAUCCGUCUCUCUCCCGAUCUUCCAUAAAGCGCUGGAGCCGAAGUGGCGUUCUAUCAAUCGCUCUUCCACACCUGAAGGGGGCCACACGACAGGACUCAGUGACCUGCAGGACGAGCUGCUGAGGCUCAUGGGUUCCUACAGGGAUGUUUAUUACCCAGAAUGCUCUGUGCUGGGCGGUGUAGCAGAGACUCGCCGAGCGUAUUGUCUCCACGCUCUCAACCACGUCCUGAAGGCCAACUCCAGGGUGCUUACCCAUAAUGCUAUGCUGAAGGAGUCUAAGAGCGGGGACGAGGACGAGUUUCGGGAUCAGGGGCUCACCAGACCUAAAGUUGUGAUCCUGGUGCCGUUUCGUGAAGGAGCAUUCCGCAUCAUCCAGACCUUCAUCUCGCUGCUGGAGAGCGACGGGAAAAAGAUGGACAUCAGCAACAAGAAGAGGUUUAAAGACGAGUACGGAGACGAGCCGGAGUCCAAACCAACUGUUCAGCACCGACCCGACGAUUAUCACACCAUCUUUUCCGGAAACGUGGACGAUCACUUCAGAAUCGGCGUGUCGAUCCUGAAACGCAGCAUGCGUCUCUAUUCCCCGUUCUACUCGUCAGACAUCAUUGUGGCGUCCCCUCUGGGCCUGAGGCCGCUGAUCGGUGUAGACGGAGAGGCUCAACGGGAUUUUGACUUCCUGUCCUCCGUGGAGCUGUUGGUUCUGGAGCAGAGUGACAUGUUCCUCAUGCAGAACUGGGAGCACGUGCUGCACGUGAUGAAGCACGUGAACCUGCAGCCACGCGAUUCUCACGGCGUGGAUUUUUCCCGCGUGCGCAUGUGGAACCUAAACAACUGGGCGAGGUUUUACAGACAGACGCUUGUGUUCAGCUCCAUCCAGGAACCACAGAUCAACAACAUUCUCACCAAACACUGCCAUAACUACAGGGGACAGGUUUCAGUUAAAAACCUUCCUAAAACAGGCUCCAUCUGCCAGGUGGUUGUCCAGCUGCCCCAUGUGUUCCAGAUGUUUCACUCGGACAGUUUCAUGGACCAGGAUGACAGGUUCCAGUUUUUCGUGGACAAGGUUCUCCCGCAGUACCGGGACUCUGUGAUGUCACACACGCUCAUCUACGUGCCGUCGUAUUUCGAUUUUGUGCGCGUGAGGAACUUCCUGAGGAAGGAGGACAUGAGCUACGCGGUGAUAAGCGAGUACACGCCGAAAUCCGAUGUUUCCCGAGCGCGCCACUACUUCAGCAAAGGGGAGAAACAGUUCCUGCUGUUCUCUGAGAGGUUCCACUUUUAUAAGAGGUACACCAUUAGAGGAAUCCAGAACGUGAUUUUCUACGCUCUACCCACGUACGCUCAUUUCUACAGCGAGGUGUGUAACAUGCUGCAGGUCGGCGGCUCUGACGGAGCAAUGAGUUCCUCCUUCACCAGCACGGCUCUUUACUCUCGCUACGAUGCUCACAGACUGGCGGCCAUCACAGGGGUUGAGCGAGCUGCGAGCAUGACACAGUCCAACAAGUCUGUCCAUCUUUUCAUCACGGGGGAGGAGAAGCGUGUGUGAGUGGGAGAGAAAGAGAAAUGACUAUACAAACACCCAUGGCAGUUUAUUCAUGUGUUACUUGAGUCACCUGAUUCACCUGAAUCCAUUGAGUUACAUGACUCUUGAGUCACCUGGUUCACUUGAUUCACCCGAGUCAUCCGUGUCACUUGAGGCAUCUGGUUUACCUGAGCCACUUUCAAUAAUUUUUCCCUUGUGCCACCUGGGCCACAUGAUUUAUCAGUUAACAUGAUUCAUUCGAGUCACAUGAAUAAGUAAAUUGUUACACACACCACAGCUUGUUGUACAAGUCACAUGUGUCAGGUGAAUUUAUUUAUAUACAGUACAGUAGCAGAGAACGUUUUUUAAAAAUACCACCCCAGUUCCAAAAAAGCUUGGACACUGUGUAAAAUGUAUAAAAAUCGCAAUGCAAUGAUUUACAGAUCUCAUGUUUUAUUUACAAUACGACAUAGAAAACAUAUCAAAUGUUUAAACCGAGGAAAUUUACCAUUUUAAGGGGGUAGGAGGGGGUCAUUUUAAAUUUCAUGGCUAGAACACAUCUCAAAACAAGUUGUGACAGGGUCAUGUUCACCACCGUGUAGUGUCACAUCGUUUAUCAACAGCCUGUAUAUGUCUGGGAACUGAGGAGACCCGUGGCACAAGUUUUGGGAGAGGAAUUUUGUCUCAUUUGCGUCUGAUACUGGAUUCUAGAUGCUCAACAGUCCUGGGUCUUUUUUGUCAUUUUUCAUUUCGUGAUGCACCAAAUAUUUUCAAAUGGUCAAUAGUCUAGAUAGCAGGCGGCCAGUUCAGCACCUGGACUCUUCUACUAGAAAGUCAUGCUAUUGUAAUAGAUGCAGUUAGAAUUGUUUUGCUUAAAUAUGCAAGGGCUUUGGAUGGAGGCGUUUGUUUGCCCUAAAACUUGUAUAUACCGUUCAUUACUGAUGGAGCCUUUCCAAAUGUGCAAGCUGCCCAUUCCACAGACACUAAUGCAGUCAGAAAUCAGAGGUGUAGGCUGCCGAACUGAAUGUUAACAAUAAUCCAUAUGGUCCCUCUCCUCUUUAGUCCAGAAGAUGAUGCAUGGUUCCCAAAAAAGAAAUAAAUUUUUUUUAAACUGUUUAAUUUUAACUACACUUUUUCCACUUUUGCUGCCCUGUAACAACUUAUUUUGAGACGUGUUGCAUCCAUCAAAUUCAAAAUGACAUUUUUUCCUUAAACAUUAGUUUUUCUAUGUUUUAUUGUGAGAAAAAUUUGGGUUUAUGUGAUUUGCAAAUCAUUGCAUUCUGUUUGAAUUCACAUUUGAGUGUCGCAUCUAAAUCAGGGUUUAUCAAUCUGGCUUUAAGACUAAACUUCAGUUAAAAAAAAAAAAAAAAAGAGAUAUAAAUAUAGACAUUUAUAUACAGUAUUCAUUGAUUGUAUUACAGAUUCUUGUACUUUCUAUAGAAAACCUGGUUCGGGGGUGAAGCUGUGUAUGUGCUGAGGUUGUGAUGUCAUUAAAUAAGCUCCACAGUUAUGUGUGGAAGGUGUAACAGAAGAAUAUUUUGUAUGAUACACUUGUUAAACUUUUUUUUUUUUUUUUUUUUUUUGGCUUAAAUUGCUACUGACUUUCAGUCUCAGGGUGACGGGGCUGUUUGCACUACAAAAUAGCAUCAUUGGCGUUCAGUCUGAGUUCUGAGGCAGUGCCUCCUGAGUUCGAGCACAUUCACAUUCAGAAUAAAAAAUGUUUAGAUAUAUAGACCUUAAACACAUCAGUCUGUUUUUUGAUCCGUCAUUUAUCAUCUAAACUAUUUAUAUUUGUUAUGCUAUAAAAUAAAUUAUAAAUUCCACCACA